AGUUGCAUCUCUACAGCCAUGGUUUUCUGCUUCACAAGCCCUCUAGCUCGCCACUUCUUUGUAUAAAUAAUUCUUCAGCUGUUGUGAUUUUUCCAAACUGAAACGACCUCGUAAGGUUUGUGACAUGUCAGCCGAAAUCAGGUUAGAUGUGGUUAAUAGCCAUGACAUUGAGGAAUCCGAGUUAAGCUCUAUAAAUGGAGAAGUGACAUUGAAUGAUAGGGUUAAUGCAACAUAUAAAGUUUUCAACGAUAUCCGUAAGCAAGGAAAUGAAUCAAUUACCAAUAUUGUGACAAAUGCAGAGCGUAGAGCUUUCACUGACAGGUUUUCUAGAGGGAAACGAGCUGCAGUUGAUAAUAGUGUCAUUCUUCCAGUUGUGGAUGAUGAAAAGCGCGAACAUGGAUCAGGAAAAAAAGCUGCUGGGCCUCUUUUGUCUGGGACAGCUUAUUGCAUAUCCUCUUGCAGCAUGAUAUUGCUAAACAAAGUUGUUCUAUCAAGCUAUAAUUUCAAUGCAGGAGUAUCACUAAUGUUUUAUCAAAACCUCAUCAGUUCUCUAGUUGUAGUGGUAUUGGGCCUCUGUCGAGUUGUUUCUGUGGAAAAGCUUAACUGGAAGCUGAUUAGGGUCUGGAUCCCUGUCAAUUUAAUAUUCAUUGGAAUGCUUCUAUCUGGCAUGUAUAGUUUGAAGUACAUAAAUAUAGCAAUGGUGACAAUUCUGAAGAACAUGACAAAUAUUUUAACAGCAAUUGGAGAACUAUAUAUAUUUCGGAAAACUCAGAAUCAAAAAGUGUGGACUGCAAUGUUUUUAAUGAUUAUCUCUGCUGUCACUGGUGGUAUCACGGAUCUCUCCUAUGAUGCAGUGGGUUAUGCAUGGCAGAUUCUGAAUUGCGUUCUAACAGCAAGCUACUCUCUCACCCUGCGGCGUGUCAUGGAUGAAGCAAAAAAGUCAACAAGAUCUGGAUCACUUAAUGAAGUUUCAAUGGUGUUGCUGAAUAAUUUAUUAUCUCUACCUUUUGCGAUCUUCUUGAUUAUACUGCUUGGUGAAUGGGAAUAUGUAAUUAAUGUGGAUGUAACUAAAUUGCCAAUGUUUUGGGUUGUUGCCACGGCCAGUGGAUUCCUUGGACUUGCCAUUAGCUUCACUUCUAUGUGGUUCUUACAUCAAACUGGCCCGACCACUUACAGUUUGGUGGGUUCCUUAAACAAGAUUCCUAUCUCCAUUGCUGGUUUAGUGGUCUUCAAGGUUCCUCUUAGUGUAUCAAAUCUCUUCAGUAUACUGUUUGGUCUAUUUGCGGGAGUAUUCUUUGCCAGGGCCAAAUUGUCCUGACCAUCAAACUUCAUUGGAAACGAAAAGCAUCCUAG